CCCACUUUGAAAAAAAAAACCAAAUUUUAGUUUUCUAUUUCAAGAAACAUUCAGUUACAGAAACUUCUGAGUUUGAGGAUUUCCAUCCCGUGAAUCUUUGAAAAGUUCCUAUGUCAAGAAAACCACUGUUCAAAGAACCCCCAAAGCCUCUGGGAUCGUUCCGUUAUUUUUCUCAUAUCGAUGACGGAGGAGACGAAUGGACUCCGGCGACCACCGCUGUCGUCUUCGGCGGAACCAACGCCCGCCGAGUACACAGGAAAAAGAGGGCCACCAUUUCUCGAAUUCAUUGCAAUCAUGAUGUGGCUUGGCACUCUUCAUUUUCUCGCUUUUCUCGUCGUGGCUUCCUUCGUAUUGCUUCCUCUUUCCAAUUUCCUCAUGGUAAUUGCAAUGCUUCUGGUGCUUACAUUCAUCCCCAUUAACGACAACUGUAAAUGGGGCUUAGCCUUAGCCAGGUUCAUAUUCAAGCAUGUUGGUGGUUAUUUUCCCGCCACUAUAUACGUCGAGGAUAUCAAAGCUUUCGAUCCUGAUAGGGCUUAUGUUUUUGGGUUUGAGCCACAUUCAGUUUGGCCUAUGGGAGCUGGAAUACUAGCAAAUCUUACUUCUUUCAUGCCUAUUAAAAAAGUCAAGAUCCUUGCAAGUAGUGCUGUGUUUCGUACCCCUUUGAUAAGACAUUUAUGGACAUGGCUGAAAGUGUCAUCAGUAACAAAGAAAAACUUCAUCUCUCUUUUGAAAAAUGGGUGUAGUUGCAUAGUGAUCCCAGGUGGAGUACAAGAGACGUUUUUUAUGAAACAUGAUUAUGAGGUUGCGUUUCUAAAAACAAGGAAAGGAUUCAUACGCCUUGCAAUGGAAAACGAUGCUCCUGUGGUUCCUGUUUUUGCCUUUGGCCAGUCGUAUGUUUACAAGUGGGCGAAGCCACAAGGGAAGUUCUUCUUAAAACUCUCUCGAGCCAUUAAGUUCACGCCUAUGAUCUUCUGGGGGGCAUUCUGGUCUUUUGUACCCUUUCGGAGACCAAUGCUUAUGGUGAUUGGAAAACCAAUCCAUUUCAAGAAAAAUACUACACCUACCAUGGAAGAGGUUUCGGUAGUACAUGGUCAGUUUUUGGAAGCACUUCAAAGUCUAUUCGAUAGGCAUAAAGAACGAGCUGGAUAUCCUAAUCUUGAGCUACAAAUAAUAUGACCUAAUGCAUCAUCAUCAAAAAAGAAAAAAAAUUUAUUAGUCAGAAAUUAUUUGAUUAUUCUAAAGAGUAAAGACAUUCAAUAUUAUUAUUUAUUUGUGUUAUUGUUACCUUAAGUAAGUAACUUUAAGUAGCAUGUGUUUGGUUUGUAAUUUGUAAAUAAUAAUUUAGUUUAUUGGAGAAAGUGAUGC